AUGGUCAAGGCCAGCCGCCCCCCGGCCAACGGCCUCGUCGCCGUGCUCCGCCGGCUUUACAACCCGCUCGGCUUCUCCAAGGGGUACAACUUCGCCCUGUUCUUCGUCCUGGCCGGCGCACUCCUGGGCUUCUCCCUGGCCCGCCUGCCAUACCUCGACUACUUUGGCACCUUCCGCAGCGCCAAGGCCACCGAAGCCUCGUACUUCCGCCCCGGCGCUGCCCGCGUCGGCAUGAUGCUGCACCUCUUCACCAUCAUCCCGGCCUCCGUCCUCGUGGUCCUGCAGUUCGUGCCCGCGAUCCGCCACCGCGCCGUCCUCGUCCACCGCCUCAACGGCUACCUCGUCGUGCUGCUCGCCCUCGUCGGCACCGCCGGCGCCCUGGCCGCGGCCCGGCACGCCAUGGGCGGCACGCUCGAGGUGCAGACGGGCGUGGGGUUCCUGGCCGUCGUCUUCGUGGGCGAGCUGGCGCUGGCGUGGGUCAACGUCCGGCGCCUGCAGAUCGACCAGCACCGCGCCUGGAUGCUGCGCGCCUGGGUCUUGGCCGGCGCCAUCCUGACCUCGCGCCUGUGCCUCGUCCCCAUGAUGUUCAUCAACGCCCCGGCCGGCUACGCCACCGUCCGCACCUGCGACCAGAUCGACUUUGAGCACGACGCCGACCGCCCCGCCGUCCUGGCCCACUUCCCCGGCUGCGCGGGCUUCUACGGCGGCGCCGGGGUCAACGGCAGCGGCCCCGCGGGCCCGCGCCUCUCCGUCGUCGUGCCCGCGGACCCGAGCAAGGGGGGUCUGUCCGGCCUGGGCAGCUCUCUCACUUUCAACUUUGGCGCGGCCAUCUGGCUUGCGAUGGCCAUCCACAUGAUUGGUGUCGAGAUAUACUUGAGGCUCACCCCCGCAGAGUCUGAGCGUUUGCGAAACAUCUCGUACCAACGGCAGAUUGAGGCCGGCAUGAAGAACCCAGGCAGCGCUGGACUUACGGCCGACAGGCUUGGCGACGCGGCUAAAUGGACUCCGGCGUCGGAUUAA